AUGAUGUACUCUGAAGAUAAGAAAGAUAAGGAUAUUGAUAGCAGCGCAAAUGAUGGAUUCGCAGUGUUUUAUAAAUCGAUGCCUAAUAAACUCGAAGGCACAAUACGCUUAUUCGAUAGAGGAGAAUUCUAUUCAGCUUAUGGCGACGAUGCUAAUUACGUAGCCAAUACAGUCUUCAAGACACAGAAAGUACUCAAACAACUUUCCUCAAAGAAGCUCAAACAGCCACUGCCGUUCCUCUCGUUAAACAGAAUAUCUGCUCAGACUUUUCUCCGUGAAGCUCUCACCACGCGUCAGCUUAAAAUCGAGAUAUGGGAAUCAGAGGGCGGCAAGAAGGCGCAGUCAUACACCCUAAUAAAGACUGCUUCUCCAGGCAAUCUACAACCAGUAGAAGAUCUCCUUUUCGCUUCAUCAGAUAUACUCACAGCUCCCAUCUCAAUGGCUAUCAAGCUCAGCGUGAAAGAGGGCCUGUUGCACGUCGGUUCCGCUUACUGUGACGCAAGCUGCCGCGAACUCGGGCUAAGUGAGUUUGUAGAUAACGACCUCUUCUCGAACGUCGAGUCUCUCAUCAUACAACUUGGCGUGAAGGAGUGUCUUCUACCGUCCAACGACAAGGGCAACGAUCACGAUCUCACUAAACUCAAGACUCUUGUUGAAAGAUGCGGGAUAGUCGUUACAGAGGUGAAGCCAUCAGACUUCAACAUGAAAGACAUAGAACAGGAUCUUGACAGACUGUUGAAAAGCGGUGCAGUGAAGCAAUCCUCCGAAUUUGAUAUGAAGAUAGCCAUGUCUUCUGCAUCUGUCCUAAUCAAUUACCUCGGUUUGAUGGGCGAUGCUGCUAACUUUUCCCAAUUCACUUUAAAAAACCACGAUUUGUCGCAUUACAUGAAGUUAGAUGCCUCAGCAUUACGCGCACUCAGUCUUUUCCCCUCGCCUGGUGACGUCGGUGGAUCGAAGAACAUGUCUUUGUUCGGGCUUCUCAACCACUGCAAAACGGCUCAAGGGCAGCGACUGCUAGCACAGUGGCUGAAACAGCCUCUAAUGACAUUACAUGACAUACACUCUCGACAAAAUCUCGUCGAAUGGUUCACCAUAGAGACGGAACUAAGGGGAAUUAUGCGCGAGCAAAUAAUGAACAAGAUGCCAGACCUUCAUCGACUCUCCAAGCGUUUUCAGAGGGGUGUCGCUAAUCUUGAAGAUGUAGUGAGAACGUAUCAAGCCUGUCUCAAUAUACCAAAGUUGCUGCAAGACAUCAAGGCAGCGGAGGAGGGUGUGGAGGAUGAUGCGAUUAGACUGCUAAUUGAGGAAACAUACGUUAAGCCUCUACAAGAUCUGGCUGGCAGUCUUAACAUGCUGAUCGAAAUGGUCGAAUCUACAAUCGAUCUCGAUGAAUUGGCUAACCACAACUACAUCAUUAAGCCCGAUUUCGAUGACGAUCUCAAGGCUUACCGCAUCAAGCUCGAGUCUAUCCGCGAUGGCUUAGACGAAGAACACCAGGCUGUCGGCAGCGAUCUCGGCUUAGAGCUGGGCAAGAAGCUGCAUAUGGAAAGACAUCAAACAUACGGCUACUGCUUCAGAGUGACAAAGGCGGAGGCGAAGAGCGUGGCAAACAACAAAGCUUACCAUGAGCUGUCCACACUUAAGAAUGGAACAUACUUCAGAACAUCGACACUGAGAGAUUUAGGUGAUGAGUACAAAGAAGUGCAGACAGCGUACGAUAAGAAACAAUCAAGUUUAGUGAAAGAGGUCGUUGGUAUUGCUGCUACAUACUGUCCAGUGCUUGAGAGUCUUGAUAAUGUACUCGCCCACCUGGACGUGCUGAUGAACUUCGCUUUCGUUGCAGACAACUCAGCUAGCCCCUUAGUGAAGCCGGAAGUUCGGGAGAAGGGCACGAGCGACAUGCUGCUCACUGAAGCACGCCAUCCUUGUCUCGAAGUGCAGGAUGGAGUGGACUUUAUAGCGAACGACGUAAUGUUAAAGAGGGACGAAAGUGAAUUCCUGAUUGUCACAGGUCCGAACAUGGGUGGAAAAUCCACAUACAUCAGACAGAUAGGUAUAAUAGCUUUAAUGGCACAAAUCGGCUGCUAUGUUCCAUGUACAAAGGCUACAGUACCCAUAUUCGACUGCAUACUCGCUAGAGUCGGUGCGGGAGAUUCCCAAAUCAAAGGCAUAUCCACCUUCAUGGCUGAAAUGCUAGAGACAGCCACGAUAUUAAAGUCAGCAACGAAAAACAGCUUAAUCAUAGUAGACGAGCUAGGUAGAGGUACAUCCACAUAUGACGGUUUCGGUCUAGCCUGGGCCAUUUCUGAGUAUAUAGCAGUCGAGUUGCGUUCAUUUUGCGUCUUUGCGUCCCAUUUUCACGAAUUGACGAGCUUGUCAAAUCAACAAGGACACGUGAAGAAUUUGCAUGUCGUCGCGCAUGUUCAGCACGAUCAAGAUGAGGAGGAUGUUAGUCUGCUGUAUAAAGUAGAGCCCGGUGUCAGUGACAAGAGUUUUGGUAUCAACGUCGCACAAAUGGCUGGCUUUCCUGACAGCGUUAUCAAACUCGCUAAACGCAAGGCUGAUGAGCUGGAAGAUAUCGAAGGCAGCGAAGAGAAGAGACAGAAGUUUUCCGAUGAAGAUAUCAAUAGUGGAGUGGGUGUGGUAAAGGAGUUCAUGCACACAUUUGCUACAUCUGCUCAGCACUCAGACGAAUACGACGCUCUGAUGACUACCUAUAACAAUUACAAAGACCGAAUUGAAAGCUCACGCUGGGCACAAUAUGUGAUCGAUUCUCUGUAA